AGGGGACGCGGAACAAGGAAGUGGUCUCGCGAAGCACAACGCACGGCACCACCCGUUGCCACGGUGACCAACCAAACUUUCACGUAAAUAAAGCGGCCUUUACUUCGGUGACAUGUGCUCAAACACUCUGUUCGGACAAAUCAGAAGUUUUGUGCGUGAUUUUUCCCACUUUUUCAACUAAAUCGUGUUUUUAAUGUUAUUCUGCUCCGAAACUCACUUUUGAAUCGUUUGGUAUCGCGAGUGGUGGUCUGUGUUGACGUUUUUAAACAGGCACUUUCAGGAAAAACCUCUGAUUUUCAAUCACAAUCGCAGUUCAUAGCUCGAUCAUCACUCGCAAUGGUUCUUCAAAUAGUUGUGUCUAUGUUUCCGCAUUAACGAACAGGUUUUUACGAACUUGUUAAAGUGUUUGGUGCAAAAACAACUCCAGCUCUCUACACGUUACCCGAGUCGUUUUACCAUGAAAAUCACUUACAUUCAAUCGCGAUUGCAGUUCAUUCGGGAUUUUGUUUUUUGAAAUAAUACUUAUAUCAGAUGUUUUCAAGCUGAAAAGAGGGCUUUUAUUCAUAUAUUUGUCACAGACUUUAAUUUGAAAACAGUCGCAGCUCUCUCUCUAUGCGAUAUCUUAAUUGAAUUAAAGGAUUCUUGUGAUUUGAUUUUUUUUAAAAGCAAUUUUUGCCUUUAAAAUAUCUCCGGAACUGAGUUAUUUCCUACAGAUUUAUGAGUGAAACGAACUGAACGGCCAAAAAGCAUAUAGCAUUGGAUUUCCUGUGUCUACUUAUGGUGAAGGCAGGAUGCCCUCCUGAAACUUUAACCCCGAAUUGAAAUCCUUUUUUUUUAUCGACGUAUAAUGUACUGGUCUCGAAGUGAAGUGCAUGAGCUAACGAUGGGAUGAAUUCGAGUUCGACAAGAAGAGAAAAAAACCCAUCCUUCGAGCUUCAAGAGAAGCAACCUCAAAGAUCGAACUUUUUAAAAGACCCAUCCCUAUAAUCAGGCUCACGAACUCGUCGCAGUGGUGCCACCAAUCGACCAAGCGAAAAACUCCGUCGUCACUCACCGAGCUCCCCGCGGAAUUGUAAUCAAGUUACGGGUCGGCUAACCGGAGGAAACUCGUCCACCGAGAACGGACGACAAAAGCUCAAAGAGACCGGGCCUGAUCACGUUAUACAAUUAAAGGCCGUCACAAUUUGCAUCCCAAGAACUCGGAAGCGUUUUAAAACAAAGGCACGUAAUUUGAGCGACCCGAUUAUCCCGCGGCGGAGCGCCCGAUCGCCUCCGCGUAGGCAACUUCAAAGCAGGAGCGCCGGCCGUGUAGGCAACCGGCGCGGCUCCGCCGGCCGGGUAGGCAACCGGCGAGGCUCCGCGUCUUUAAAAACCGGGACGUGCGUUUGAAUUCGCCGGCGAUCCGAUCCGGGCUGCUCUUUUAAUUCGUUUUGUAAUAAUUUUAUUCCGGCGGCGCGCCUCCAUGCCGGCGCCUCUCUCGAGAGAUGAAGUAAUUUAUUUUUGAAAUUAAAUCAUAGUUCGAUCGAAUCUUCGCGCUUUGACUGAUUUCGCCGCGCCGGCGUUGGCGCGCAGCUCCCGCUUCCUUCCGGCGGCGAGGCGAACUAACUGAGACUCCACCAGAAACAUGGGUCUGCUUUCGAUCCUCCGAAAAUUGAAGUCCCAGCCAGAAAAAGAGAUACGAAUCUUACUUUUGGGACUGGACAAUGCCGGCAAGACAACGAUACUAAAGAAAUUGGCAGCAGAGGAUGUGGCACACAUCACACCGACUCAAGGUUUCAACAUAAAAUCCGUUCAGUCCGAAGGGUUCAAGUUGAAUGUCUGGGACAUCGGUGGUCAGCGGAAAAUCAGGCCCUACUGGAGGAAUUACUUCGAUCAUACCGAUGUGCUGAUAUACGUGAUAGACAGCGCCGAUCAGAAACGCCUGGAAGAGACUGGAUACGAGCUGGCGGAACUACUGGCUGACGAGAAACUGGCAGAAGUUCCGCUGCUGAUCUUCGCCAAUAAACAGGACCUGCUCCACGCAAGUUCCGCGGCGGAGAUCGCCCAAGGACUCAGCUUACACAUGAUCAGGGACAGACCCUGGCAGAUCCAGGCGUGUUCGGCCAUCGUUGGCGAAGGGAUCAAAGAUGGAAUUGAGUGGGUCAGCGCUAACGUCAAGAAGAAAUAGCCGCCAAAGUACUGGAACCGAUUAAAUCGACUGCAUUUUGCGAAAAGUGAAGUAACAGUAUUGCAAUGUUGCCAAGAUCGUGCAACUUUCAUGUUUACAAUCGGACAGAUUUGAUUAGAAUCCAUCCAAAUAGGUUGAAAUUGGACCACAUUUUGCAAUGAGGAACCACUAUUUUUAACUCAUUAUAGAA